CAGGCAGGCAUCUUGAUCCACGAUCGCAUCGUUUCCAGGGGCCUGGACAGAGAUCCCACCAUCGCCGAUCACGUCGUCUACAUGUACGUGAAAUGCGGCAGCUUCGAGACCGCCAAGAGCGUCUUCCAGCGAAUGCCGGACCCAGGGAUCCUCUCCUGGAACCGGAUCAUCGCCGGCCACGCCCAGCGCCACGAAUUGGAGGAGGCGAUCGCGACAUUCCAGAAAUUGCUGCUCCAGGGCGUCACUCCGGGCAGGAUCACGUACGUCGCGGCCCUUGGAGCGUGCUGUGGAUCGCGAUUUCUUCCAGUGGCUUGCGAGGCGCGAUUCGUGUGUUCCAAGGGAUGAAGAGGAGAGAUGUGGUGGCCUGGACAGCAAUAGUAGCAGCAUUUGCCCAGUAUGGGCAUUUGGAGAAGGCAUUUCAGACGUAUAGGGGGAUGCUCCUGGAAGGUUUUCUUCCGGUUUUGGUCACUUUCCUAGCACUGCUCAACGCGCUAGCCGAGGAGAAGGACUGGGAUCGAGGAAGAUGGAUUCAUCGGCACAUCACUGAGAUGAAGCUAGAGUCGCAGCUUUCCGUGGCGGCUGCUCUCAUCACCAUGUUUGGGAAGUGUGGCGACUUGAAGAAGGCUCGCAGAGUUUUCAGGAGGAUCCAUCAGCCGGACUUGGAAGUAUACAACGCGCUCCUCGCGGCUCACACGGAGAAUGGCGAGUUUUGGAACGCACUGCUGCUGUUUAGGAGGAUGCAAGAGGAUGGUGUUGCUCCGGAUCGAGAAACUGUUCUCGCGGCGCUUGGGGCUUGCAUCCGGCCGGUGGAUCUCGAGCACGGCAAGGGGAUUCACGUAAGUGUCAUCAACCAUGAUCUCGAGAAGGAUAUUGAUGUUGCUAACGCUCUCAUUUACAUGUACAGCAAGUGUGGGAGCUUGGAGGACGCCGAAUGGAUGUUUCAAAGGGUGGAGCGGCCGAGCAUGGUCUCGUGGAGGACUUUGCUAGCCGCGUACGUGAAGCACGGGCGGAAUGAAGAAGCUUUAAGCUCCUUUCGAAAGAUGCUCCUGGAAGGAAUCUCUCCUGGGAGAAGCGCUUGCGUGAGUGCUCUACGCGCCUGUGGACGUUUGGGGCUGCCAGGACAAGGAAGACACAUCCAUCUUAUAGUCCAAGAGCUGGGCCUGGAAUCGCACAACAGGGUAGUUUACGCGGUGGUGGAGAUGUAUGGGAAGUGCAAGUGUUUAGAGGAUGCUCGGAGGGUCUUCGAGAAGAUAGAGCAGCCGAAUCUGUCCUCCUGGAACAGCAUCGUUGCAGCAUACCUAGAGUGCGGCUGCAUGGAGGAGGCACUCGGCCAGUUUCGACGAAUGCAGCUCGAGGGCGUGAAACUCAACAGGAGAAGUUCGGCUUUGCUCGUCAACGCCAGCACAGCUUGCUCGAGUUUGAGAGAGUUGGAAGAGAUUCAUGGCUAUACAGUUGAGAUGGGAGCUGACUCGAGCUCGGCCGUGGGAAAUGCGCUUCUAGCGGCUUACUGCCGGUUGAGUGGAGAGCUGGAAGACGCGGAGAGAGUCCUGGAGAAGAUGGAUCACAACCGAGACAAGGAGGCUUGGAACUCGGUAUUUGCCUUGUGUGGAGGGAAGAACGACGUCACAGACAGCAACAGGAUUGGAAGGAUCUCCAACAACGUUUGUUCGAUCAGGAAAGUCGGAAGACUGUUUAGGCGAAUGCUGCUCGAUGGCGUGAAGCCGGACAAGACCACCUUCACCCUGGUUCUCAACGCGUGCAUGGAAGCGCAAGAAGCUCCUGUUUCAGCAGACCAGGUUGCCUUUAUCCAUUCCUUCAUCGUCGAAUGCGAGCUGGAAACCGAUGCCACCAUCGCCGUGUUCCUGCUGAGCGCCUACGGCCGCUGCAAAGCUCUGCAAGAGGCCUAUGCUGUCUUUAGCAAAAGCCACCAUCUUGGAGUCGCGGUAUGGAACGCGAUGAUAUCUGCUUUUGCCGAGAAUGGCGUUCCAGAGAAUGGCUUCCUCCUGUUCCAGAGGAUGGCCCGAGAAGGAGUGAUGCCAAACAGGUCGACUUUCGCCGGAGUUCUCAACGCGAUUGGCUCAGUUGGGGCGAGCGGCCUGGAACAGGGAAAGAUUGUUCACAGUGAAGCCGUGCAGCUUGGAAUUGAGCUCGAUCCCAUCGUCGCGACGGCACUGGUAAACAUGUACCAUGGAUGCAAUUGUGUGGACGCGGACGUUGUAGCGAUUAAAAAAUGGACCGUGGACAGAAAUGACUCCUAACUAUGACAAUCAAAUCUAACCUCAAGCCUCAGAUCGAGUGUGGACACCCUGUGCCUCGAGAAACCCACGUCAUCCCACAAGGGCCAUAGUAACCCGCUACAAUGUGUUAACCUAGAGCGAGUCCAAUCAUUUCAGCUGAAUCCGUUAGGGUGUUGAGCAAGCAUUAUAGCUAUAUGCAAUUUGUCUCAUCACAACAUCACAACCAUUCCUCAUUUGUAGUUC